AUGAUGGAGGUACCCGCCGGUCAAACCUCUAAAAGUUUAAAGAAAGGAUGGUAUUUAGCCAUAAGCCCCGAUGGACAAUAUAUCCUCACAUUUAACAGCAAUACAUUCCAAUAUAAAAUUAUCAAAAUGGAAAACAAAGAAAAAUUGUUCGAAGCGAUAAUUGACAAAAAGAAAUUUCCAAAUUUCGAACUUCAUAAACGUCCUUCAGAUAAAGAUUCCGAAUUUCCCAUGUUUAAAAUAGCGUUAUCAAAUAUUUUUGCGAAUUCUAUCUUCGUCGCGAUAUCGUUUGUGAUCAAAAAUGAUAUGUUGGCUAAUAAUGAUAAUAAAUUACAUGGCACAACGAUUAUUUACCGCACCAUGAGAGAUUUGAAAGAUCAUUGGAGUGAUCAUUCUUUCCACCAUUAUUUUCCAAAAGGUGGAAUGGUUAAUUUUGUUCAUUAUAAAGAUGAAAAAAUGCAUUGCUUCAUAUUUAACUCAAGUGGAAUCUUUAGCUAUACUUAUCGUAUUAAGGACCUGUCACGAUAUAUAAAACAACAUUACUUUUACCCAAUGAGACUUCAAGAUGAAUUGACAAAUUUAUACAAAUUUAAUUCUUGUUUAAAGAGAAUACGAGCUUGCAUGUUUGACGAACAUUUUUUGAUUGAGCAAUAUAAUGAAGGUACUCAAUCCAUACAAUUAUUUAGCUUGGUCACCAUGGAAAUGGAACAAAUUUUUCAAAAAAAGUUGGAUAGAUCCUUGACGAAAAAGUUUGCUCGUCCCAUCUUCUCGAUUUCCAAAAAUAAAUAUCUCUUGAUGUUUUCAAGAGGUAUUGAGACCAUCUUAAUCUUUUAUAUCGAGAAUGGUUUAGAAAUUGCAAGGAAAAGUUUUGGGAAAGGUACGAAAAUAAUGUUUGGCGAAUUUAUUAAUGGAGAUGAAGGAUUAUUGUUAAUUAUUAAGGAAAAAAGGAAGUUUUCAAUUAAAAUUUGGGAUUUAUUUGAUGCGUCCGAGAAUCAAAUUCGAACUUAUGAUAGCGAUGAAUAUUUAGAUGUUAAAAUGAAAUCUUAUAAUGCGAGAUGUCCUGGAAAUCUCUUAACGAUUGAUGCUGAUGGUACGGUUUCGUCAAUAAUUGAUAAAUGGAUUUCAAAGGAAAUUGUAAGGGAGAUUUCUAAAAAAGAUCAUUAUGAUUGUAAAUUAAUUCCACCUGGUGAAAAUAUUAUGUCCCUACAUGAAGAUCAAGGUCAUUGCAUUUACCAUCGUAAUCCAGAUAAUACCUCUUUGAAACCAUUAGUUAGCGAUAAAGAACCUUGGGUAUACGAAAUUGAUUAUGAACGAACUUCUGCCUACCUUGACGAAGAAGAGACAAUUCAAUUAAUCAUUGGAAGAACCACGGUACAAGUUUGGAGGAAAAAUAAAGAUGGUUCAAUUCUUGAAUUUAUUUGGGCAAAUAAAACUGACCCGAGUGAUAAUGAUAAAGUGGAAAGUGAGAAUGCGUUGAAAAUAGAGGAAUUGACGGUUGGGAUUAAAUCUUUUUAUUUAAAAGUCAAAUGGGUUUAUAAUAACGUUGAUCAAUCGGUCGAGAUUAAAUGGCCAUCUACAGACGGACACGUUACUGAUGUAAUUCAUGCUUGCGCGGCUUUAGCUCACGUGAAUUGUCGAAAAAACAACCUUGUGGGAUAUAAAAAGCGUCAUAAAUAUGAAAAAUUGAUGAAUUAUAUUUCCCUUUUAAUUUGGAAAUUUAUCAAGAAAAAACAAGAAACUUGGAAAUUAUUGGAUGUUCGAUAUAAUGUAAUGGCUGAUAUUAUCAUUGGAGGCUCUACUUUUCUUAUAAAAUUUAUUCUGCUUGAUGAAGUUGAGAAUGAAAAGGAAUUAAAAAAAACAGGCAACAGACGACUUUUGCAUAUACCACAACUUCGACGAUGGAAUAAUGAAACGGUCGAUCUCAAAGUGCAUAAUGGGGAGAAUCAAUCAAAGGAAUUGUUACUUAAUUAUGAAUCAACUGAUUUGACUGAUUUACAAAUUGCGAUUCGUUUAUGCUCAAAAGAUCCUCGCCGCGUUAACCGUCAUAUUGUUAUUGUCGGGUAUCUUUUAGAAUAUUAUACCACCCACGCAACACGAAAUCUUGGAUGGUUAAUUACGGUUUCUAAAGCACUUCCGGAAUUAUAUAACGAUAAUCAUGAAUUAUUAAAUUAUUACGCUAGAGAAAUAUUUUUUAAGAAAUGUUUUAAGGGACUAGAGUUGUCAGAUAAUAUCGAUUAUAGAGAUUUUAUGCCUCUUGACGUUGAAAAAAGAAGACAAAAAUCACAAAAAUUCAUUGCGUUCUGUCCGAAUACAAAACUAGUUGUCAAGGAAAAAAAUCGUCGAUUAAACUUGGAAGUCCUUCAAGAAAUAUUAAUAACGAUUUAUUUCAAAAUAUAUCAAAAAAUUUUUCCGAAUCCUUUUAAAAACAUUCCACCAUUAAUACAUAUUGUUCCUUUGUACGAAUUUACCACUAGUGAUAUCGUAAAGAAACAAAUCGAAGAUCAAAAAAAAGUUCAAACUUCAUUUCUUGUGAAAUUAUUUCAAUUGUUAUUUCUUCCUCGAAGAUAUUUAUUAAAAGAUACCGGUGCAUUUAACAAUUUAUCGCAACUUAGUCCAUUUAUCCAGAUUAUUAGAGCGGCAAAGGAUAAUAAUGUAUUUAAUAAUCCAACAAUGGAAGCUACGAUUAAUCAAAGAUGGUAUCCUGCAAGAAAUUAUUUUCUUCAACUUUAUUUCCAAUUUAUUUUAUAUGCAACUUGUUUUGCAGUUUUAUGCGAAUUUUAUCUUUCUCAUGUAGAAAUAACGGGAAAACUUAAUCAAUAUACGCAACUAGAGCAUCAUGGAUGGAAACGUUAUUUUGAAUUUUUCAAUUUUUUUGAUUUAUUAAGUACUAUUUUACCCCUUGUUAUAAUGUCCACGUAUAUUAUAACUUCAUUUAAAUUUUCGAAUGGGUUUGCAGACGUUAUUACGACAAAAGAUAUAUCAAUCUACAUCUCCUUUACCAUGUUAAUACUCUGGUUUGAAUUCAUUUUAUAUCUUCGCUUGUUAUCGGUACUUGCAGCCUUCGCUCACUCAAUGUUUAUUUUAUUACAACAUCCAACUUUUACUGACGUCACACCGAAAACUGACGAAUACUCAUUGACAAAUACUACAACUAAAGAGCCCAUAGAUGUUACCGUAACGGGUGAAAUUGAUCCAAGUGAUAGAUUGGACAAUCCAAAUUCAAAUAUUAUCGAUUCGUUAAUUUCAUCUUAUUUUUGGAUUGGCGGAUCUUAUGUACAAAGGGAUACUUGGGAUUUUUGGGCGGUAGAAGCGUUAACGUUGCUAGCUAGCAUUUUCGUGGUAACGGUUUUACAAAAUAUGUUCAUCGCUUUUAUGGGCGGGAUUUAUUCUGACGCGCAUGUUCAAGCAAGCAAUGCGUUAUUAAGGUUCAGGGCCGAGAACAUUUCAGAUUACGAAGCAUUGGAUGAUGUGCAUUUCUUACCCUUGACCCCGGAUCCAAAAUAUAUUUGUUACGUAGGUCGUUCAUCAAGUUAUGAAACUUGGAAAAAUUUAAGUAAUGCGAAAUCUCAUACGUUAUAUCAUAAAUAUGAGGAAAAGAUUACAGAGAUUAAGGGUUUAUAUGAAGUUGAAAAUUUGGAAGAUAAAAAUUGUUUGUGGAAGUGGGAUGAUGGAAAUGUUGAUCACGACGACACAGACAA